CUCCGCGCCGUUAAAAUGAAACUCUAGUGGUUGGAGUCGGGGCAGAGCGUGAGGGGAGCCGGCACUGGCGGGCUUGCUUACCGCCGGGCGGGAGCGCCCAACCGGGCAGCGCUAACUGGACUUUCCGACGGGCCCUCAUCUCGAGGCUGCAGCAGCUUCGGUUCCGAGGUUGACUGAGACGGAACCCGAGUCCCGGCCCCUGAGGGGAUCGCUUUCUGCAGACCAGUGGGACCCCGAAACUUGAACGCAAUACCCACCCCCCUUUUUAUGCCUUCCUUUGUCACUUCCUCACCUUUCUCCCAGCGCGUUCUUUUUCUCCCCGCUCUUCAUUCUCCCUCCCUCGAAGGACACAAAAGUGGCUGCCGAGGAAAGAUUUGGAGGCAGUGGGAGCUUUUCUCUUUGGAGAGCGACUGUGUGGAAGGGAUUUUUGGGAAGCUGCUUUUUAACACCUCAGCCCUCUGCCCCCCCCCCAAGCCUCCCUGUACCUCUGAGGAGAAAAAGCCCGUAGACUGAAAGUUCGGGGGGCAUUUUGCUGGGUGCUGUAAGAGGAGAGGGGGGAGGACCUCAUCCUCGCCCUGGUAGUUGGCUGGACUUGUUUGUACCGGCCGUUGGAAACCCCGAAGUACAUAUCCGUGUGGGACUUUACAGAUCUAUAUUUUUAGAUUUUUAAAUAUCAGAUAAAAAAAUAUAUAUGCUUUCUAUAUAUUUCCUGACGACCUGCCCCUGACAGCGCGAUGUACAAUACGGUGUGGAGUAUGGACCGCGAUGACGCAGACUGGAGGGAGGUGAUGAUGCCCUAUUCGACAGAACUGAUAUUUUAUAUUGAAAUGGAUCCUCCAGCUCUUCCACCAAAGCCACCUAAGCCAAUGACUUCAGCCGUUACAAAUGGAAUGAAGGACAGUUCUGUUUCUCUUCAGGAUGCAGAAUGGUACUGGGGGGAUAUUUCAAGGGAGGAGGUAAAUGACAAAUUACGGGAUAUGCCAGAUGGUACGUUCUUGGUCAGAGAUGCCUCAACAAAAAUGCAGGGGGAUUACACUUUGACUUUGCGGAAGGGAGGCAAUAAUAAGUUAAUAAAGAUCUAUCAUCGAGAUGGUAAAUACGGCUUUUCUGAUCCUCUGACAUUUAAUUCUGUGGUGGAGCUCAUUAACCACUAUCAUCAUGAAUCUCUUGCUCAGUACAAUCCCAAACUUGAUGUGAAGCUAAUGUACCCAGUGUCCAGAUACCAACAGGAUCAGUUGGUAAAAGAAGACAACAUUGAUGCAGUUGGUAAAAAACUGCAAGAGUACCACUCUCAGUAUCAGGAAAAGAGUAAAGAGUAUGACAGGCUAUAUGAGGAAUAUACCAGAACGUCCCAGGAAAUACAGAUGAAGAGGACUGCAAUUGAAGCUUUUAAUGAAACAAUUAAAAUAUUUGAAGAGCAGUGUCACACACAAGAACAACAUAGCAAAGAAUAUAUUGAGCGGUUUCGCAGAGAGGGGAAUGAAAAGGAAAUUGAACGAAUUAUGAUGAAUUAUGACAAAUUGAAAUCACGUCUGGGUGAGAUUCAUGAUAGCAAAAUGCGUCUAGAGCAGGAUUUGAAGAAACAAGCUUUGGACAACCGGGAAAUAGAUAAAAAAAUGAACAGUAUCAAACCUGACCUGAUCCAGCUGCGCAAGAUCCGAGAUCAGCACCUUGUAUGGCUCAAUCACAAAGGAGUGAGACAGAAGCGCCUAAAUGCCUGGCUGGGAAUCAAGAAUGAGGAUGCUGAUGAGACCUAUUUUAUCAAUGAGGAAGAUGAAAACCUGCCCCAUUAUGAUGAGAAAACCUGGUUUGUUGAGGAUAUCAAUCGAGUACAAGCAGAGGACUUGCUUUAUGGGAAACCUGAUGGUGCAUUUUUAAUUCGUGAGAGUAGCAAGAAAGGAUGUUAUGCUUGCUCUGUGGUUGCCGACGGGGAAGUGAAGCACUGUGUGAUCUACAGCACUGCUCGGGGCUAUGGCUUUGCAGAGCCCUACAACCUGUACAGCUCCCUGAAGGAGCUGGUGCUCCAUUACCAGCAGACCUCCCUCGUUCAGCACAACGACUCCCUCAACGUCAGGCUUGCCUACCCUGUCCACGCACAGAUGCCCUCACUCUGCAGAUAAAGAGGGAGUGGGAAGAGAGGUCGCUCUCUAGCAUUUUUUUCCUACAGUUUUUAUUAGACUAUGAGGGCAUUCUUUCUACGUAGACUGCUUGUUUUGCACAAGAAGUGAUUCUGUGAAUGUGGAGAGGCCGAGCAGCAGCCGGCCAGGAUGGGGGCACAAGAGGCCUGAGGUCCUCUGAGACUCAGCUGUGCCGCUGCACUGACAUAGGAAGCUGGAAGCAGAUGUUUUUUUGGAAAGUCUGUUUCAUUGGGGCUUUUGUUUAGCCAGGCACCCUCAACAGAACACAUUAGGUUUGGUGGGGGUGGGGAGUUAUAUCUGGAAAUUUCUGAAGAGUCCACGUCCUCUCUUGGUCUUUGUCUCCGGGAAUGUGGCAGGGGCAUGGCUCUGUGGGGAGUUCUGUUUUGGUCUGGCAGUCUCUCUCAACUUCCUCCUAAAAUGAAGGCUGUUUUGGUUCUGUGGUAGAAUGGCAUUUGGUGAAAAAGACAACCAAAGGAAAAUGGGGAGGCUUGGGAUUUCAUUGAGAGAAUCUUAGUCAAGGGGGUAAAAACACCUUCAGCUGAAGGUACUUUAUUAACUAACAUAAGUUAAGCGUCAACAUCUCAGUAGCUCUUCCCUCUAAAGAAGCGUUAUGUUUAGAAGCCAAAUUGAUCUCAGCAGAACAGUUUGUUGCCAGACUAAGGCCUGAUGGAAGAAGACAGCACUACUAUCUGAAUGCACACUUUUGUACCAAAACUUGAAAGUGAAAGGAGAACUAGAAUUUGUUAGUUUUAGCAAACACUAAAAUUGGUCAGUGUAACUCCUGCCCUGCCCUUGUUUCUCAGAGAUGAGGAAUAGUGUUCUUUUUGUGGGCAUGGUGAACUUUGAAUCAUAAAAUGAAGUUGGUGCUUGUGUGGUGUUUCCUUAGCCUAAAGAAUGAUCUGUUGUUGAAAACCUUUGUAACUUGUUUGUAUGAGUAAAGAAAAGGUGCAAUCCA